UUCGUAAUUGGUAGAUAAGUAUACAUAAUGUUUUUAACGUUAAUGAUUUUACAUUUCGGGUCUUACUUUUUACAAAUUACAAUAAACUGGCAUCACUCAACAUUUCAGUUGUAAAAGUAUUGUACUGAACUAUAGUUAAACUCAGUUUUGUAACUUAAUUCAUUUGGAUGGUACCUAUAUAUCAGUGACUUGUUUUUUUUCUUAUAGAUAUUUAUUAUGCCAAGUUUACCUCCUCAUUUUAAUGGAAGUAUUAGUGGUACUUUAACAUUAUCCGUUUUGAAUAUUUCAUUGUAUAAAAAAGAUGCUAGAAAUAUUUAUGCUCAAUUUCAAUGGAGUGGAAGUUCAGACUAUAAUAAACUUGUAUUGUCUAAGUAUAGCAAAGUCACAUAUGAUGUUCGCGCAAGUUUCAGAAUUUUUUUAAACUAUUUGACGACAUGCACUUUAAAGUGUAUUAUAAAAAACUAUGAAAAUAAAAUUAUCGCCCAAGCAUCCAUUCAUAGUUUAUCAGUAGUAGUUAACAAUAAUCAUACAGUAAAAAGUGUUCCUUUAGUUAACAAUAAUAAAACAGUAGGCAACAUAGAAUUUUGUUUUAUGUUACAAAAUUUUCACGAUACUACGUUUGACAAUGAUAUAAAAUAUUUGGAAACAUUUGGUAUCCAAAACGAAGUUUUUAAUGUUUUUCACAAUGAGGAAUUUAAAAACUCAAAUACAUUUAAUUGCAAGAAUAGCUCAAAACCUACUAGCUCCAUGUCAUCUAAAAGUAUAGAUGAGCUUACAAGUGAUUAUUUACUGGGUAAAGAUUUGGCACCUGAGGAAGAAGAAGAAGCUCUUAGUACUCUAAGGUCAAUGCCUACUGCUGAAAGUAUCAUUAGUGCAGCAGAAAAAGUUGGUAUUUAUUCACCACCUCUUCAUGAUCAAGGCGAUUCGAAAACAAAAGCAAAUGUAAUAACCAUAGAACCAAGUAUAGGCAUCUCCAAAACGGAAUCAAAAAAUUGUAAACCAAAUUACUACAAUUUAAAAACAACACACAGAAUGAAAAUUCCAAAGGAUGAUGUCUAUUUACAUUUAUCAAUUAUGUCUUUAAAUAUUUAUUACACAAGCAGAUCUCUACAAAACUAUGUAAAUACCACAUAUUUUAUACAAUGUCUCAAGGACCAAGAACCUUGUAAAUCAAUAAGGUUCAUGUCUAAACAAAUGGAAAAUAAUGUCAUUAAGUUCAAAAAGAGCACUUUAUCUUCACGACUGGAAGGGUUUUCAGCCAAAGGUAUCACUCUCAAAGCAUUUGUGCGUGUUCUAAGUGAAAGAAGUCCCAUUAUACUGGGUGAAACUAAAUCUAUGUUGGACUGGACAGAUUUAGUUACUGAGUUUGGUGCUCCUCGUUAUAUUAAAGUUCCAAUAUGGCAUAACAAUAAAAUAACGGGACAUAUUUCACUAUCGUAUGAAUUUUCCAAAACACCAAUAGUUCAAGAUUGCCAAGAAAGGUUUACAGAAAAAAUGAAUGUACAAAAGCCUCAAGCAAUUCCAAAUGAAUUUGAAUCUAUUGAAAAGCCUGUAUUAGAAUCGCAUGGAAAUAAUAAUAAAGAAAAGUGCAUUUCAUAUAACGACUCAUUUACAAACAAUCCGUAUCUUUAUAGUCGUUUGUAUCCUGAAUAUGACACAGGUUUUGCAAGAGCACAACCUCAAUUGAAAAGUUUUUCCAGAGAAGAAUUAAAUAAGGGCACUAAUGACAAACAUGUGCAGGCUACUGAAAAUAUAAGACAGUUAAAUAAAUCUGUUCAAACUAAUGUUAAAUUAUCUAAUGUGGCAGUUCAAGUUGACAUGAAAGAAUUUGAAAACUCAUUUGAUAGAAAUGUUAGUUGUGAUGUACAAAACAUAUUUCGUUGUACCCAUGAGUUGACAUUGUAUAUUGAAAAAAAAAUUGACUCUCCAUUCAACUACGUCACUUACCAAUUUCCAGAAAGUGUUACCGAUAAUACUGGCAAAAUUAUAUCACAUGACCGUACGUUUAGAUCGUUUGGUAACACAAACAUUCUUCAUCUAAUAACACUACCGACAACAAUAUCGUUGGAAACCUAUUUUUAUAAGAAUUGUAAUAAAACAGCAAUAACAAUGGCAUUACAUCAAAAUAGCGAACAUUCUAUUGGAAAGGCAACGCUUCUUAUUUCCCACAUUAUUGACAUGGCAAAUGAAUAUGAAAGCUCACACAUAACAAAAGAUUUUGUUUUAUUUCCAAAUUACAUUGUGCGUGAUAUUUGUCAAAGUGAUGUUCACAUCAAAAUACAUUAUAAACGGGUUUAUCAUUCACUUCCGAGCCCCAAAAAACCACUUUUAAAAAACUCUAGUCCUAAAAAGUCAGUAAAAAAAAAUUCACCCACUUUUGUCGAUCUUACUGAAUCUGAUUCAGAGGAUUCACCAAUCAAUAAAACGUUCACACUUGGCAAACAAGGAAACAAGUAUUCGACUCUAACCAUUGACAAUAAUACUCAAACUACAUCUGUAAAAUGUACUCAAAGUAGUAGUUCAACUCAAACUGAGAAAAUUGAUAACCAAAGUAUAAUAAUUAAAAGUGAUAGUGAUAGCGCCACCAGUGUAGAAUAUGACACACUUUUGUGACGAGCAAAAAGAUCGAUUCUAUUGAAGUUAGACGGGAAAAUGACAUUUAUAAUAAAUUUGAUGACAGUGAUAUUUUCAAAGCUAAGAUGACCAUUGUUUGUGGGUAU